AUGGGCCGACGGGCCCGCUCGGAGGCACCUCGAGCCGCAGACUAUUCGCUGGAGAAGGGUGCGAUACAUCGGGAACUGGAUGAAGAUGAAGCAGCUCGACCCUUUGCCUUCACCAUCGCUGUGAAACCUGGUCCUUUGGCGCACAAAGGUGACAAGGAAAAGUCUGGGCGAUGGAUCCUGCAAUUGGCUGCGAGUUCGCAGGAGCAGCGGAGCGAAUGGUUCAACGCCUUUGCGCCAUUUUCCCAGGGAGCUGCGCAGCCAUCCAUGGUACCCCCGAAGGAUUUGCCAGUUGUACAGGAGUAG